AUGCAAGCCACAGUGCAGCUGGCCCAGUUGACUAAGCAGCUGCUGCAAAGCAAAAACAAGAGCGAGAUGCAGGACUCAAAGAAGGAAAAGGAGUGGCCGUGGUACAAUCAGGACUACCAGCGUGUGGCCCUGGCCAUGGUAAUAACGGGGUUUGUCUAUCUAGUGACUUAUGGGUUCAUUCAGAUGUCUGCAGAAGUUGCUGUCAAGAAUAUGCGCGAUCCGUUUCAAAGCAUCGCGGAUGUGAAGGUGCCGAGUCGAUACAAUGGAGACACCUCGGGAUCCUGCAAUACAUUUGAAGAAGCUCUGCGGGGAUUGACACCCAGCCAACAAACCUUUUUUGAAAGCAUCAUGCAGAAAGCAUAUGUGCUGCAAAUCGCGGGCAUCAAAGAGCAGCGGAGGAGUGUAGGAUGGAAGUGGGUUGAAUGUAUUUGUGUGGCCUUGACGCCGAUUUACAUCAGUGUGUCAGACAGCUUUGGCGGGGAGUUCCAAGAGCCGAUCAAGCUGAUGGCAAUCCUCUGUUGCUUAUUCAGCAUGCUCUGCCGGCUGUCGCCGCAAGGGCGUGGGGAAGCUCUCCUGUUUUAUUCCGGCCUGUUGCGAAAAGUUUGCUGGUCAUAUUGGUCUGUCUCAGGGGUUUUUCAGGAUGAUGCCGUCGGGCUUGAAGAUGACAAGAGGGAAAAGGCACAGAAAUUCUGGACGGAGAUACGUCAGAACAAAAAAACGCAGCUGGAACAGUCUCAGCAAGCGGGGCAAUCUCAUUCAACUGCGGGAACAGAAGAUCCAGCAAGUUCUGUGAAUGGGACAGCGUAUGUGGACUUCUUGCCUGAUUAUCUCACAGAGACAGAGAUUGCACGUGCCGUUCUUUUUCAGAAGUUCGUCUCAGAGGUCGAGGACUCCCCAAGAUACCGUUCCACCCUGGAUUUUCGGGCCUGUACAACAUCACGAAGCCCGCGCAUUCCACACACAUCUCCACCAUCCUCAUAUUAUAAGGGACAUAGCCUCCCAAACAGUGAUUCUGAUCUUUGCCGUACUUACGACCAGCGCCAGGCACCCGCCAGAGAAUCACAACAUGACAUCAGCAGGUGGUGGAGAGCAUCGAGGAAGGCGAAGAUGAGCUGCAGCGAAGCUACGGAUCUCCAGGCACCGCUCCCAGAGUUAUUCGCAGCAAAGAUAGUGAUGAGGAGGACAAACAAAAAGGACCUCGAAGGACGGCAGGCCAUGAGCAGACCCAAGCUCACCAUGCAGGCAACAAAGGCGGCAGCAAGGGCUACAGCCAAUGACCUCGAGGCUCGUGAUGCACUGACUCGGACUGCUUUCAAAGUCUCACAAAAGACAAGGCCCAUUCGCAAGAAAACC